AUGGACAACAUCUCCACCUUCUCCUCGUUCUCUCUCACAGCUUUUAAUGACUCCAGCACAUCCAGGAUUACUAUAUUCUCUUUUGCACUUCCAGGAUAUGUCUUGACUAUUUUUGUCAAUUCACUCUUAAUUUUGAUCAUUGUUCUGGAUAAAGUUCUCCACCAGCCAAUGUAUAUAUUUGUAUGUAAUUUAUGUAUAAAUGGAUUAUAUGGAGCCACAGGAUUUUAUCCACCCUUUUUAUAUUAUUUACUUAUCAAAACACAUGUUAUCUCUCUGGAAGAAUGUGUUAUCCAAAGUUUUGUCAUUUUCACGUAUGCACUCGGUGAGUUUACUAAUCUGAGUGUUAUGGCAUUUGAUAGGUAUUUAGCUAUAUGUAGACCGCUGUACUACCACACUGUUAUGACAUCUGUGACUGUUUGGAGACUGCUGACUUUCAUUUGGAUGUUUCCUUGCUUCACUGCAAUAUUGAUAAUAAUGAUGGCUCUCAGGUAUCCACUAUGCAUGAACCAGAUAGACAAACUGUACUGCGAGACCUGGAUUUUAGAAAGGCUUGCGUGUCAAGUCGAUACUGCUCAGUUUGUCAUUAGUGGAAUUUUUACAUGUGCUUUAAAUGUUCUGAUAUGGUUUGUGUUUUGUUCUUAUGUAAAAAUAAUCAUUGCUUGUAAGCACUCUGUGCAAAAUCACAAGAAGUUCAUGACCACCUGUCUUCCACAUUUGGUAGCUUUUUCAAAUUAUGUGUUGUGGUCACUUAUUAAUUCUCUAUAUGCUCGGUUUGGAAUUGACAACAUGUCUCAGGCUUUUAAAAACUUCCUGUCAGUUUCCUAUUUGGUUGUUCCUCCUUUGGUCAAUCCUUUAAUCUAUGGAGUAGUAUUAACUCCAAUUAGAAUGAAGGCAAAGUAUGUAUUCCGAAGAUUAAAGAUUAGAUAA